CGCCAUAGGCUUUUCUCCAACUUUACUCCCACAUUAAAGUGAAUGGUGCAAUUUAAAAGUAUUUCGGGGAUAACUACGUCAGGCUAGUGGAUCAAAUCACAAGCUGUUCUGCAGACUUUUAAAGCAAUUUGCCGGAGAAGAUGAAGCGUUCCAAGGAUGAGGACAAAGAGGACAGUGCCAGUGCCACUAGCAACUUGAAUUCAAGCACUGGCAGCAACAGCAACGAUGCUGCUGCAACUGUAGGUACCGCCUCAGCGGCUGCUGCCGUUCGCACCACAGGACGCGUCAAGAAGCCCAAGCAAGUUUACGAUCCAUCCGACAAUUAUGUCUCACGUGGGGCCCGCAACUCCACGCCAGCGAAUGCCACUGUGCAAGCGUCGCACUUGCCGGCUCCGGCCACAGCCGCAGUGCCAGUGCCAGUGCCAGUUACACCGCCUGUGGCGGUGACUGUGCCCAAGCCAGAAGUAGUCGCCACUAGUGAUGCCCAAGAUGUGGAAUUCGGUCAGCCAGGCCAGCCGCUUCGUCAGUUCGAUGUGUGCCAGAAGUGCAGCAAAAUGGAAGUGAAGCGUGGCUCUGGCCACAAGAGUAAUUUUCUCGCAUGCAAGAGCUGCCAGCAAAAGUGGCAUUUUAACUGCCUUCCGCUCAAAUUUGAUGUCCUGGCCGUUGCACGCAAGAAGUACAAGUGCCCGGCUUGCCGCUACUGCCGCGUUUGCGGUACUAAGGGCAAAGAUCUGGCCAUCUGCUCUGAGUGCGUAUAUUCCUACCACCGCGAUUGCCAUGAUCCGCCAUUGGCCGCCUCUAUUUCUGGACGCAAAUCACACACGGGCCGCAAGAGGCGCGCCCAGUCGGAUCCCGCUGGUCAGGAGCAGUCGCCACCAACCAAGCAGGCGAAACUUCAGCAAGAAUCGAAGCAGCAGUCGACAAAAGCAGACGCAGACUCAGUCUCAGUCGCCGCCACAGCCCUAGAACCAGCCACCAAGAAUGGUGAACCAAAGCAAGAGGAAAAACUCAAAAAAGGGAAAGUCGUGGGCAAGGGCGACAGUGAGAGAGAGGAGAUCAACGAGGAGACCAACGAAGAGCCAGAAUUAAAUCUGGAUGAACCUGAACAAGAACAAUUGGAUGAAAAUGGGCCAGAAAAUCAGGCCGAAGGAGCUCUCCCCGAGGGAGAACCAAAUGAAGAGUCGGAAAUGCCGCUGGAGAACAUGGACCAGCAGCCAUUGGAAGCGGCGGUGCCCACUGCCAGCGAUGAUGAUGAAAUCAUUAUUGUCAGUGUUCAGCUGCCACCAGAACCACCAACGGAUGCAGAACCCAUGAGUCCGGUGUGCACCUGGACUGUUGAGCAGGUGACAACAUAUCUUGCCCGUUUCUAUCCGAACGAAGCUCAGGCAUUUAACAUACAGGACGUGGAUGGCACCUCGCUGAUGCUGCUCACGCGCGAGGAUGUGAUAAAUGGCUUCGGCUUUAAGCUCGGACCGGCAUUGCGCGUCUUUCAAGUGAUCCUAAGCCUCCAGUCACGUACUAAUAGUGUAGAUCUGGGCUGGUCGUCCACGUAG